CUCCGCGCCCCCGCCGCGAGAGGAGCCGCGCUCCGCAGCCAUGGGGAGGAAAUCCAGCAAAGCCAAGGAGAAGAAGCAGAAGCGCCUGGAGGAGCGGGCGGCCAUGGCCGCUGUGUGCGCUAAGGUGGAAGCUGCCAACAAACUCCAGGAUCCCCUUGAAGCUUUCCCAGUGUUCAAGAAGUACGACCGCAACGGUUUGAACGUCGCCAUCGAGUGCAAACGUGUCUCCGGGCUGGAACCCGCCACCCUGGAGUGGGCCUUUGAGCUGACCAAGGCCAACAUGCAGACACUGUAUGAGCAGAGCGAGUGGGGCUGGAAGGAGCGGGAGAAGCGGGAGGAACUGCGGGAUGAGCGGGCCUGGUACCUCAUUGCCCGCGAGGCCGGGGCCGGCCCCAUUGCCUUCUCCCACUUCCGCUUCGAUGUCGAGUGUGGCGACGAGGUCCUUUACUGCUAUGAGGUGCAGCUCGAGAGCCGUGUCCGGCGGCGAGGUUUGGGCAAAUUUCUCCUCCAGAUCCUCCAGUUGGUGGCCAACAGCACCCAGAUGAAGAAGGUGAUGCUGACAGUCUUCAAGCACAACCAUGGCGCGUACCAGUUCUUCCGUGAGGCGCUGCAGUUCGAGGUUGAUGCCACCUCUCCCAGCGCCUCCGGUUGCUGCGGGGACGAUUCCUCCUAUGAGAUCCUCAGCCGCUGCACCAAGUAUGGGGAGAGCCAUCCCCCCCCGGGGCUGGGCACGGGACCUUGCAGCGGCUGCUGCCACUGAGCCCCCCAAAUCCCACACUUUCACCCCAAACCCAGCGCCUCACCUCCGAGGAAGCCACCCCAUGGACCCGCUGCACCCAAUGGGUGACGGGGC